AUGGUACCAAACGUAGUUCAAUCUGACACUAUUGAAGUUAUUCCAGAAUCUCCAAUAAUAAUAGAUCAGUUAAAUGAAAGCUCUAUGGAAGAUUCAAGAACUCUGCAAGAAAUACGUCGACAUCGAGAAUUACUCAUCUGUUCAAGAAAACAACAGGCGAUCAUAAUAACCGCCACAAGAUCUCUUAAAAGUACCACAAACACAAGAAUAGAAUCAACAACUUUAAAAGUUUGUUCUAAAACAUUCAAACAUCAAAAGGAAAUUUAUCCAACUGAACAUAAUCCUAUAGCAUUAGUUAUGCGUGAUUUUAACCAGGAUUCAUAUGUAGAUUUGGCAAUUAUCAAUGCUGAUUCGAAUUCAUUUAGUAUUUUGUUAGGAAAUGGAAAUGGAACGUUCCAAAAACAACGGUCUUAUUCAACGGGAAACGAAUCUAACCCACAAAAAUUUGCAGUUGGUGAUUUAAAUGAUGAUGGAUUGUGGGAUUUGGUUAUUGUACUAGCUGGAACUAAUGAAAUUGUGAUUUAUUUUGGUGACAUAAACAAUGUUCUAUCCGUUGUACCACCGUACAACUUAACUCACACUUAUCCUUACAAAAAUGUUAGCGCAAUUGGAGUCUACGAUUGGAACUAUGAUGGAUUUGAUGAUAUACUUAUUGGUUAUUCUGAUAAAACAUCUCCAUCUAAAUGGUUCAGUUUGUUGUUAAAUAUUGAUGAUGGUCGUAAUUUUGUAGAAUUCAAUACAGUAGUUACUGGUCUAAUUCUUCCCAGCCAACGAGGAGUAAUAGUCGAAAUAAUGUUAAGCUUCUUUAGUUCUACUCAAGAAACAGAAGAUUUACUGUUACUGGAACAAGAAAACAGAAUACGUAUAUUCCAUAAAUUAGUUUUCUGUAAUAUAUGGAAAGCAAAUUAUACUCGUUUUGACACUGAAAGUUUUGUCUCUAAUGUAACAGAAUUAAUUAUAGGUAGAUUUGAUCCCGAUGCACUGGAUGAUGAAGCUACCAUAUAUACAGACUUAAACGUACUACGUAUUCAUUACUAUGCGAAACGUAUGAGCCUUGACACUGAGACUGAUGUUUUCCUUAAAACGUCUUAUUUCACAAGACAUGAUCCAACAUCUGUUGCUCGACUGAAUUUCAAUGAUGAUCAAAUGGAUGAUAUAGCUAUACUACAUUGUGAUGGAGCAAUCACCGUCUUUCUAACAGAUUAUGGCUUUUUUGAUCGAAAUUAUUUAUCUUUUGAGAUCAAUAAUAAUAGCAAUAGCAAAACAUGUGCAAAAUUAUUGAAAAGUGUUGAUUUAAAUCAAGAUGGUGAAGAUGAUCUAAUUUUUAUUGACACACAAUCGAAUGCCGUUAGAGUUGUUUUGAAUUCUGUCUGUGACGAUUAA